GCCUGAUCCGCUGCUAGCCUCAGUCAGGGGCGAAUUUUUGUUCAAAGCGCAUGGCUCAAUUCCCACCUGGAACAGCGCCAAUAAAGGCAGAAUAUUUACUCUCAGGCCCAGCACCAAGUUCCGCGCCGGAUGACGAUGCUGCUGAGGGAAGUAGAAAUUGUAUCGGUGGGACUUGGCGUUCGGAAGAGCCGCGUUCCAGUGGGCCAUCCCGUAAAAAGAUGUCCAAGGAAGAGAAAAAGGCCCAGAGAGGCCAGAACAAGGGCAGGAGGUUUGGCAAGAUCAGAGACGAGUUUGAUCUCUGCUGGAAGAUUGCCAAUGGGGCUGCAUGUGAACACGGGACAGAAUGUCGAUUUAAUCAUGACAUAGCGUCAUACUUGACCACCAAACCUCGCGAUAUCCGUAUUUCCCGGGUGACAGAAAUAUCAGAAAACUCGCCUUUCAUUCCCGAAACACCGCCCGAUGCUUUAUCUGACGCGUCUAUAUGCCCCGUUUUUGCAGAACUUGGAGAGUGUAGAUAUGGUUUCAAGUGUCGUUUUUUGGGAUCCCAUGUCCGCACCGACCAAGUUGGUUCUCUAUCACUCUUCACCGAUGAAGUCAGGAUGGCGAAUGCCGCUGUGAGUGCCAGGGAGGUCAACUUUGUUGGCUCAGAAGCUCAAAAGAUGUUACGUUCGAAAAAGUAUCAGUUUCCUAUCGCCGAUGCAUACAUGAAAGAGCAGAAGUUUGCGGAAGAUGCUCCUAGGAAGUCCGAAAAAGAAACUCUGAUCGUUCUGGAGCCAGAACAGAUGGAAAUGGAAAUAGAACUAUCGUCUACGCCAGCUGGCAACAGCGCGUCCAUCAAAGAGGAAAAUGAAAUCUCCGUGGAGAACUCAAAGAUUCUAUCCGAGAAGGUUGUGCAGCGCACGGGUGAUUUGUCCUCGCAGGCAGAUACUCCCGAUGUUCCUGUACGCUAUAGAGAAAAGAAGCGGCUCAAUUGGUCAGGGAAGACUUACCUCGCGCCUCUUACUACUGUGGGUAAUCUGCCGUUCCGCCGACUCUGCGUGGCAUAUGGCGCGGAUAUCACCUGUGGCGAAAUGGGCUUGGCCACGUCUCUCUUAUCAGGAUCCAAGGAAGAGUGGUCGCUGGUAAGACGGCACCCUUCUGAAUCUACAUUUGGUGUGCAGGUGGCCGGGAACAAGCCAAACACGUUGGUACCCACAGCCGAAGUCCUUGCCAAAGAAAUCGGAAGUAAUCUCGAUUUUGUUGACCUCAACUGCGGAUGUCCCAUAGAUUUGGUGUUCAAAGCAGGAAGUGGUUCUGCCUUACUCGAUGCUGCGGGAAAGUUAGGUCGGAUAGUUGUCGGCAUGAACAAGGCUCUCGGAGAAAUUCCUGUCACUGUCAAGCUAAGAACAGGUGUAAAGGAAGGCCAGAAUACUGUCCAUAAGCUAAUGCCUCGCUUGAGCACGGAGUUUGGAGCGAGCUGCCUCACGCUGCACGGUCGCACCCGACAGCAGAGGUACACCAAGUUAGCCGAUUGGGAUUACAUUAAACAAUGCGUGGAGGCCGUUCGUGCAAAGGAAGCAGAGGAGGAUCUCGUUCCUGUACCGAUCUUCGGAGGAGGAGACUGCUUUUCGUCACAAGACUACUGGUCGUGCGUGGAACAGAGUGGUGUUGACGGUGUCAUGGUUGCACGAGGCGCGCUCAUAAAGCCUUGGAUUUUCACGGAAAUCAAGGAGCAUAGAGAAUGGGACAUAAGCUCCCGCGAGCGGUUAGACUUGAUAGGAAAGUAUGCUGAAUAUGGGUUGAGUCAUUUUGGGACUGAUACAGCAGGCGUAAACGCAACGCGCCGGUAUCUUUGCGAGUCACUUUCGUUCCAAUACCGCUACACCCCUAUCGGAUUAUUGGAACGAUUACCUGGACGUAUCAAUGAUCGUACACCAACAUUCCGAGGUAGAGACGACCUAGAAACGUUACUGGCUAGCGAUGAUAGCAGAGACUGGGUCAAAAUUUCGGAGAUGUUCCUUGGACCCGCGCCCGAGGCUUGGUCUUUCACGCCAAAACAUAAGAGCAACUCGUAUGACAGUCAGGGCUGAGCGUUAAAUAUACUAACAAACGGAAAACACGUAAUUUAGCAGGUUUCAUCAAUUGAACGGGUGAAGAGUCAAAUCAUAAUCAUGCAUAUGAGAUUGUCCGCGUAAUGAAAAAGUCGUAGGUUGCUCACAAGAAUAUUGGAUUGACAGUUUCGAGUGAGUAGUCACUGAUCUUGUCAUAGGGUCUUCGUUGGCCCCCUUUGCUAAGGGUAAGUAGUCGGAGUUGAAGUUCUUUCACCGGUUACACUCUUAGCCAUUAAUUUCGGG